UCUUGUCUACCAGAACGAGGCGCUGUUGUACAAGGGGAUGCAUACUCUAUUUGGUUGCGGGAAAUAUGUUUUAUUUUCUAAAUUAAGAAAUGACCGAAAACUUUUAAUGUAUCCCGUGUUUCAGACUGUAUCAGCAGACACUUUUAAAUGAAGAUGUUUUCGCCGACAGAGCCGACGAUCAUAUGUUUGAUCGGGAUGGUGUUAUGUCAUUUUUCCGACUGCUUUACAAACUAGCAGGUAAACUUGAAAAAAAUAUAUAUAAUAAGCCGUGGCAGAAAGCUUCACUUUUAUCACGACAUUUGACCGAAAAUCCGAAAGCGUAUUUUAUGAACAAUUUUAUUCGUAUUUAUUGGCUUAUGUGCUGUUUUUGCUUUUCGAUGUUUUAUUUGCUCUGUUUGGAUAAAUUGGAUUGGAUUAAAAAGCCAAAGGACCUUGUCAAGUUGGUGGCUUUGCUUUGGAAAUUGUGCUGACUAAACAUAACUUGUGCUCUGAAAACGAAAAAUAUGUUUAAUGCUCAGAAAUAACUGUAUUUGCUUCCUGUUUACGCCGACGAAAGCAACCUGAGGAGUUUAUAUUAAGUUUGUGUGCGAUCCGAUAAACCAGCUGUAGCUCGAGCUCACAGCUGUUAAUUAAAUAAGUGUAUCAAGCUGACACUGUUUCGCUUAGAAAAUUGAACAAAAUGCGAUAGACACGAGAAAACGGUUCAUUCUGUUAAAUUGGACCGGGUAUUUUGGCGUUAGGCCUGCUGGUCGGGCUUUUGCCGGGUGAGAUUUGGGGGUAAGGCCGCGUCAGGUCGCCUUCAGGCCGGCCGUGAGUGACGCGCAGUCUCGCUGCCAGAAGAAGAGCUAUGGAGCGGAUGGAGGUGGACCAGUGCGCAGGCGCAGGAGGAGCCCUCCGAAGGUCGAACAGCGCCCCCAUGAUCACGAACGUCAGCGACGGGACGACAGUAUUCAGCCCUAAUAGUUCGGCUCGGUAUCGUCGAAGCAGCGUUUCUGUAAACCCGAGCUGUCCCUCACGGAUCCUUCCUCUGUCCCCGUUCUCCCUGCCAUGUGAAAGAUCCGAACACAAGAGACAAGUUGAGAAUAUGGAGCUCACCUUGAGGGGGAGCUUGCAGAGACUAAGCGCCUCGCCUGCUGUUCCCUUCCCUCCUGCGAGUCAUUGGCAUGACCAUCUGUCUCCAGGAUUCCAUUCCCAGGACAGCGGUGUCACUCCUAAUUCCUCACCCAGUCCAAUUCGAAGGUUUCGAGGAGGAUCUGUGAGCUCUGGAGUGAGAUGGCCAUCAGUUGCACCUUUGAAAAGGAAAGGUGGAGUGGAAUCGGACGGUCCUCCCAAAAAGCUCUUUGUUGCUGGAGUCACAGACCCUGCUCACAUAACCAGUUACACAGUCAGUGUUUCCCAGUCAGUGGACUCUUCCUCUGGGACUGCUCCUGUCGAUUCAAUCCCCCAGGCCACCCCCCUGUGCCUCUCCUCUCCGUCCCCCUUCACCUCUCACCACCCCAGCCUCUAAACCCCAGUAUUCAUCACCUUGAAGAGCUUCGGACUCAAGGUGUUGUAAAAUGAAGACCAAUCUUCGACCUAAACUCGGUUCUGUCCCUGUUUGUUUGCCUGUUUUUAAUUUGGUGCUUUGAAUAGAGUAUUUCAGCUCUAUCACUUCUGAAGGAAAUUCGACCUAGUUGCGACUUUGAUCUCAAAGAAAAAAUCAAGAUGCAAUAGAAGAAGACAAAAUGUUCUGGAUGUAUCUGACAUGACAACAUGGACGCUGCCGGCUAUCAUGUGAUGUGUGAAUAAAUAUGGAUCUUGAGUGCCUAUGGAAUAGUGUGUUAUAGAUAUGAAACAAUAUCUGCAAUAGCACAUUGCAAUGAAAGUGUUCAGGUUAUUGAAACCUGGCGAAUAUUGACACAAAGACUCUUUCCUCAUUGUACAGAAGUGUUCAAGAGAAAGACCAGUUUUGCUCUUCUUUGUUUUCCUCAACUUUUGUAUUUUGGCACAUCUUCAGCUUCCAUUAACAGGGUCCAACGGUCUAGGUAUUAAUCCUGUUUUUUUCUUGCGUUUAUCAGAGGAUUCUGAUGUUUGUAAAUAUGUUUAUUUUUCCAUAUAACUUGGAAGUUUGGACUGAACCUUUUGAGUUUGAAAAAUAUUACUUAAAUCAUUGGAAAGGCUACCAGCGAAUUCAGGCAACGCCCACAUUUUGAUCCCCUUGUCACUUACUUGAAGGAAUAGUCCACCCAAAAAUGUAAAUUUGCUGACAAUUUAUCUACCCUAAAGGAAUGCAAGAUGUAGAUGAGUUUGUUUCUCAUUCUGGCGGCACCCAUUCACUGCAGAGGAUCCAUUGGUGAGUAAGUGAUCUAAAGCUAAAUGUAAUGCCAUAUCUAUUCUAAUGAAGAAAAACUCAUCUACAUCUUGGAUGGGCUGAGAGUGAGUACAUUUCCAGCAAAUGUUAUUUUUGAGUGAACUAUUCCUUUAAAACAAGUACUGUAAAGACUAGAUGUCCCACCUGACCUCUACAAUCCAAUGUUGGAGUAUACACAAAGCACUUUCAGUGAAAUGUCCAUAUCAAAAACUGACCUAGAGCCUUACAAUGUAUCCCGUCUGAGGCAAGAAGAUGCUUUUGAGUAACGCCGCAGGGUGAAAAAUCAUUAGUCAAACUGUUUUUCCUUCCUAAUGAAACCCUAAACAAGACUUUUAUAUUGUGAACUAUGUACAGAAAUUGAGGAGUUAAAAUACUUGCAAGGGAUGAGCUGUUGCAUUACAAAACAAGAUAAACGUUUCUACAAUCACCGUUUCAGCAGAUGUCAUACUCCUCCUCUUGUACUAUUUGCACAGUGUUAGAUGUCAAUGUUGCGGUAACAUGAGUGUGAUCAUAUUUACUUUUACUUUACAUAUUUACUCUGGAUUGCGGCUAUAAUUGUGGCGUCUGAGCUGGAUGGAUUUUAUGAAGCUCAUUGAAAAUGUAUUAUCCAAAAAGUGACAUGCUGCAGUUAACUGAACUGGAAGCCCUUCUAAAGUAAAUUUACCAUUAUACAUCACAGCAUUAUGCAAAUUAUUAGAUUGUGGCGCAUUUUGCAUUGUUAUUUAUGAAUGUGUAAAAGCUCUGGUUGCCGUAUGUACUUCAGUGUCAAUGUUAAAAUAUAUCACAAUUCUUGAUUCCCAAAAUCUUUAUUGAAUCCCCACCGGCAGCUUGUCGGUCUCUAAAGUUGCACAACAGACAUUUGAAGCCGUUCCUCUGUUUCCAUAUUCAUGUAUCUGAAGGAAUACAGCUCAUUCUUCGUUUAUUGAAAUUAUCAUUUCGUUUUAAACUCAAUGAUAAUGCUUUACAGGUUUUGAGUCUUGAAGUUUUCAUUCCAAAGUUACUUUGCAGUGUCAUCUGCGAUUUCCAGUUAUUGGGGUCCUUUGGAUUUCAAAGAUGGAUACCAAUGUUUAUGGGUCUUUAAAAGUGAUUACAAAUGUGCAAUAUGCAUUAAAGUUGCUGGAAUUAGUAUGUCAAGUUCAUCUGGAUAAUCAGUUCAUAUCAAUGGGAUACCAGGUAUUUAUUAAGAACCUGAACGGAAGACUUGUCUGCUGUUUGUCCUGAAUCAUUUGUAUAAACUAGAUGUCAUUUAUUUUUCAGAUUUGCCAUAUGCUUACUAUGACGGGAUCUGUUGUAUCUGUGUGUCAGACACAGAAUCAUGAUUUGUCCCUUGUUCUCCUUAAAUGACUGAGUGGUGUUGUGAAGAAACUAAAUGGGUUGUGAGCAUACGAAAAACAUUGUAAAGAAAUGCCAAAGCCGUUGUUCAUAAAUUGUAAAUAUAUUCUGGAAUCCAGAAAAAUUAAGGGAAAGACGGAUAUUGUUUUGAAAUUGGUAGCAAAGUACAUUUAUUCCCUCUCAGUUGCUCAAGAUGAAUGUCCAAUUAUCCGAGAAAAAAAGUAUAUUAUACCAUAUAUUCUUUUGAAAAAAGUCAUAAUUAAAAACUCAUUUCAUUGA